AUGACUAAGAGCCCAGAAUAUUCUGGCGCGAGGACAGGAGAAGAUGGUGAGGGGGUCUGGGAUCUUCUCCUGGCAAAUAUGGACAGGAUGGUGGUGAGGACGGGGCAUUACACGCCGCUUGGAUGCGGAAGCAUGCCCUUGAGGAGAAGGAUUGAGGAGUAUAUCAAGUAUGGAAUCAUCAACGUAGACAAGUCGCCGAACCCCAGCUCGCACGAGGUUGUGACAUGGGUGAAGGAAAUUCUGAAGUGCGAAAAGACCGGGCACAGCGGGACACUGGACCCUCAAGUGAGUGGAGUCUUGACCAUUUGCAUUGAUAGAGCAACAAGGCUGACAAAAAGCCAGCAGUCUCUGGGAAAGGAGUAUGUGUGUGUGAUUGAGUUUCUUUCGGAGCCGGAUGAAGAAGGAUUCCACAAAGCAAGUAAAAGACUCGUGGGGUCUUUGUUCCAGAGGCCGCCCCUGAUGUGUGCAGUCAAGAGAGAGCUGAGGAUAAGGAACGUCUACAGUAUUGAUAUUCUUGAGUUUAACAGGGAGAAAAGGCUGGGUCUCUUCAAGGUGUCAUGCGAGGCAGGGACAUACGUUAGAACCCUCUGUACCCACAUAGGGAUACUGAUGGGAUGUGGGGCUAGGAUGAAGGAGCUUCGGAGAACAAGGAGCGGCAGAAUCUCGGAAAAGGAUGCCUUUACACUGCACGACCUACUAGAUGCAGUAUAUAUAUUCAACACCACGAAGGACGAAACGGUGAUCAGAAGGGUGAUUCUGCCGUUGGAAAGCCUUCUUGUGGGGUAUCCAAGGAUUAUGAUCAAGGACAGCUGCGUCAAUGCAAUAUGCUAUGGUGCAAAGCUAAGUAUCACAGGGGUUCUCCGGUUUGAUAGAGACAUCGAUGUUGGAACGGAGGUUGUGAUUAUGACGACGAAGGGCGAGGCUGUUGCGCUUGGGAUUGCUCUUGUAAGCAGUCCUGAGAUGAGUAUUAUCGACCACGGGCUUGUGUGCAGGACCAAGAGAGUCAUUAUGGAGAAGGACCUGUAUCCAAGGAGCUGGGGGUUUAAGAAUGAGUACGAGAUACUGAGCGAGUAG